AUGGAUUCAGUGCAGUGGCCGCGUAAUGUUAUAAAGAAAGUGCAAAAUGUAAAUGAAGAGGCGGCGAUCAGCCGAGAUCAGGAUGGAUUAACCCCGAUUAUGAGAGCAGUUCAAGUUGGUGGUAUAGAUACAGUUAAGAUAUUGGAUGAACUUAACCCAGAAGCGUCAAAAAUUGUUGACAUUAAUGGCCAGACACUCUGGCACAAGUUGGUCAAUCAACCAUCAUACAUGAUAGAGAAAUUCGUUAAUGACAUUGGAAAAAAAUAUCAUUUGAUAGAUCUGUUUAAAAUCCAAAACAAGGAGGGGAAAACACCAUUACAUCUGGCGCUUGAAUCUCGAUGCUUUACUCAUGCACGUCUUUUUCUCCAGUGUGCACCUGAUGAAUGGUCAUCUACAAAAAGAUCGGAAUGGAUGAUAAAACUCCUAGAAAUACAAGACGGAGAUGGUAUCACUUCCGGCGAUCGAUUGUCAUCUAUUUCAGAUCUUCCGCAAGAUUUUGUAGAAUUGUUGAGGAGACAUGCAUUAGUUGUUGGUAUUCGAAGUAUUUGGGGCGUUCCUACAUCACAAAUUAGUGAAUACGCAAACACAAUGGGUGUUGUAGCAGCUCUCAUCACGACAAUAACGUUCACAGCAGCAUUUACAGUUCCCGGUGGACUAGUCCAAGAUAAAGGGAGUCCAAUAUUUAUAAGAAAGGCAGCAUUUCAAGCUUUUAUGAUCUCGGACAUAUUGGCAAUGUGCCUAUCAAUGAUGGUCUUAUUUUGUUUGCUUUGGGUCGUCGCUACAACAGAUAAAAGAAAAUCAGUGGUGUUGAUAGAUUUCAGCAUGUUUUUGCUUCUAUUGGCAUUCUAUGCUACUCUAGUCACUUUCAUGACGGGAGUGUAUGUUACAACCAUCCACGACAAUCCUUGGAUCGCCAUCAUCACUUUAAUUCUGUGCUCUUUGUUGAUGUUGCUUAUGCACAAAAAAUUCGUCAUGAACUGUUUGGUUCCUGCUGUCGAAGUAGGACUUAGGUCCGGUUGGAUGAAGUGGCCGAAAGUUCGAUCGAUGGGCAAUAGUAAUCACCAUCAAAGGCAUCAAUAA